AACAGAACCAAGUGCACAUCUCAACCUCACUAAAUACUCCCACAUUCCCACAUCUUUACACUUCCCCUUUUUGUCCUGCAUCAAAUUCACACAUCUCAGGCCUUGGAGAAAAUAAAGAUGGCGAUGAGAAAGCAUGUCUAAAGCACAAAAACGGCUGCUGUUUAUGAAAAUUUACAACUUUGCCAUGGAAGUUUACGACUCGCCGGGCUCCGGGAUUGGUCGCUGGCGGUCAUGUGGACAGCAGGAAUGGGAACUUAUUUCCCAUGAGGUUAUAUUGCAGCUGCUGUUUUCCACCGCUCAUUCACUUAACACUAGUAACACAACCUUUUUCUUGGCUCUUUGUUUAUGCAAUACGCGGUGUUGUUGUGAGGCGCCGUGAACGUGCGUCAUUUUCACCAAAAAAAUGGGCGAUGGAGCCUCCGCGCGACGGCGUGCGCCAUGUUAAUGUGGCUGUACUUGUGUAGCUAUAUGUUCGUGAAAAUGAGGGAUCAUCACACUCCUGGAUGGUGGGAUUACUUUCAUGAAAUCACUUGAGCAAAAGUGGGACAUUUUGGGGGAGAAACAGACUUGAGAGGAAGGCGAGAGGAGUCUUCUGCGGAGUGGCACCCACACAGGAAAUGAUGGAUUAUCAACAAAGCUGCAGAUCGUUGGAGAAUAUGACAUCUGUGAAAGUUGCAGGACAGGCCCUUGAAUGUGGGGCAUUGUUCGGCACAUCAUUUAUCUUCUUUUCACCGCACUCCACUUGUGCCUGUAUGGUCGAGGAGGAGUUUUAGCUUUCAAGGGAAAUGUGAGGAGCAUCGCAACAAACAGACUUCAGGCGGACUGGACGGAGAAUCUGUGGCUGGAGAAGAUGAGACCUACAGAGAGAAAAGCCAGAAGCUGCAGGGCUCUCUGGAAACCUGCCAUGUGACAUUUGGCUGCCAGCGCUCCGUCAGAAGGUCAAAGGGGGCCCCGGUGCACAUUUAAUGGAAAUGCAGAGAACCAGUGCGACACAAAACAUCCAGCAUCACGACUUCUUCUUCGGCGAGUCUCUGGAGGAUGUCAGCGGGUUCGGGUGCGCAGCCGCACACCAGCAGUUGGCGCAAGUGGAGACGUUUGAUCGCCGGAGGUCAAAGCAGCAACAGAACCCCAAGUUCCCUUUGAGCAAAAAGAUUUUCCCCUGGAUGAAAGAGUCCAGACCCUCGAAUCAGAAACACGGCAGGAGGAUCGCAGACUGCACCGUCAACGAGAAGUGUCCGAGCGCGACCCCGGCCUCCAAGAGGACGCGCACCGCGUACACGAGCGCGCAACUGGUGGAGCUGGAGAAGGAGUUCCACUUCAGCCGCUACCUGUGCAGGCCGCGGCGGGUGGAGAUGGCCAGCCUGCUCAACCUCCACGAGAGGCAGAUCAAGAUCUGGUUCCAGAACCGGCGGAUGAAGCAGAAGAAGGACGAGAGAGUGCAGGGCCUCACUGCUACCAACACCACCACCACCACCUCCUCCUCCUCACCCCCGUCCUCCCCCUCCGCCCCGGGCAGCCCCACUCUAUCGAGCCUGGGUUAUGUCCAUCUGGGCGGGGAUUACCAGCCGGCCUCUCCUCCGCUCAAGUCUCAACAACACCAGUCCCAGCCGGCGUACCCGGCAGAAUACUCCAAAUAUGCAGCUCCAAGCUUUACGCACGGCCCUCAGUUCAAUGCGCAGUACGACACGCACACCACCUCGCGCACAACAGACCCAAAUGUGGAUCUUAACGGGUCAUAUUUCCCGCAGAGCUGCACUCAGGACAGAAUCAUGCAAGCUCCGAAACUGACUCAUCUGUAGC